AUGGGACAUAGUUCAGUCAUCCAGCAGCUGCUCAAUAUCGACGGUAUCGAUGUCGACUCCAAGGAUGACAAGGGACGAACACCCCUUUCGUACGCAGCGGCAAGGGGACGGGCCACUGUGGUUUACCAGCUGCUUAAGAAGCAAGUGGUUGACAUCAACUCUAAAGGCAAAAAUGGACGAACACCCCUAUCCUAUGCAGCGGCUUGUCUAUUUCAUCGUAAGGGUGAGACAGUGGUGCAAUUGCUGCUUGACAGAGUGUAA